AUGCAGCAGCAGCAUCGCGAUGACGUGAUUUACCGGAAAAUUACGACAAAGCCACCGGUAGUGACGCAACCGAUGCAAAGCGAACGGCCCAAGCGAACGCCACUGCCACAGUUACAAAACGUCAACCAGGAGCAUAUUGUGAUCGUGAUCAAUUCGGAGGAAAAGCAGAAGGUCAUCAACGAGAAGCGGACCAUUUACGAUGCAAACAUAAUCGAGAUCACCUUCGUUUGUAUGCAGUUAGACCACGUGUCCGACCACGAGCGUUCCAACUAUGGCCAGUUUCCGGUCGACCCGAGACGAUCCACACCCAUCGGUCGAAGGUACGAUCAGCGUACACCGGUGCCGAAGCAACAUUCACAGCGACUUGGGGGACUGAAUGUGCGAACUAGAUUCAAAAGCGGCCACGACCAGUAGUGAGACUCGUUCAAUCUGAUCUGUUUUUUUUUUGUAAUAUAACGGAAAUAAACUUUUAAAAAAUCUUCAAAUCAAUACAGUAACAAUUUUAAGAGAGAAAAAUUUAGGAAUAAAUCCUAUUCAUAAGUUUGCCAUAUAGACACCAAAAUCUGCCAGCUUCACAACAUUUGCGUUUUAUAAGGUUCUCUUAUGAACGCAAAACAAAUUGUACAUUAAAUUCAUAUGGUCUCCUUAUGGAAAAAAUAUCCAUUCAGUACACCUAUGAAAUCUAUAUGGUUUUUGUAUGGAAAAAUAAUAUAUGGUAUCCUUAUGGCUGGUAAAGGGUGUUUUGGCUGAGUG